AUCAAACGACCCGAGAUAACUUCCAACCUCUCCAUACACAAGAAAUAAAAAAAGAACAAACCCAUCACUUCCAUCAAGUAAAACAAAAACAACACCACCACCACCACUUCUUCCGCCCUCUCGAUCAACUCAAAAUCCACCAUGGGAUCAACAGCGGCCGCUGACCUUUGCUCUGUCUUAUCUGAAACACAACGUAUAAUAAACGCCCACUCCCGCCAUUUCUUGGCUCUCUCUGUUCUCUCUAUCCUCCCUCUUUCUUUCUUUCUUUCUGUCUACCCCACCAUCCAAAACAUCAUCUCUCAAUCCUCCACUCUCCACUCCAAAAUCCUCUUUUCUCACGCUACUUUUUAUCAAGAUGAUCUCUCAAAUCUUUUCACUACAAAUACCAUUAUCCUCUCCCUUCUCCUUGUACUCCUUUCCGUCACUUUCUCUCUUUUCGCUACUGGCUCCAUCACCUACAGUGUUAUUAAUGGAUUCUACAGUAGACCUGUAAAGCUUUGCUCUUCAAUCAAAUCUUCUCUCACUUCUUUCCUUCCCCUUUUGAUGACUAACUCUUUAGCUGAAAUUAUCUUUUUGGGGGUCGUCCUCCUUUUUGCGUUGUUCUUUUUAUUGGUUAUGAAUGGAAUUCAGCUUCUUGGAUUUGAAGUUAAUGUCUCUUCACCUUCUUUUCAAGUCUUUUGCCUGAUUCUUGGGGUUUUUCUGGUCUUAGUUUUGUUUUAUCUGCAGUUGAAUUGGGUUUUAGCUCAGGUGAUAGUGGUUGCGGAAUCAAUUUGGGGUCUUGAGCCAUUGAAGAGGAGCAACUUCCUAAUAAAAGGAACGAAAGGAGUGGCUUUGUCUUCGUUUUUAUUCUUGGCCUUUUUCCCUGGCUUGUUUGUAAUUGCCAUUUCAUUUCCAUGGGGAGACAUGGAUAUUGGUAAUAUCGAUAGUGCAUGGAAGAUUUGGCCUUUUGUUGUUCGAAUUGUGGUGCCUUCAGCUCUCCAAACGAUGUUAUUUCUUUACAAUAUCGCGGCGUUUACUGUUCUUUACAUGGAUUGCACGGCUGCGCACAGAGAGCUUGUCUGGGAGAUUGCUGAGGAGUUUGCCGGUGACUAUGUCAGCUUGCCUUUUGAUGAUGGAAAGAUCCCUCAUUUUGUUUCUGUUACCUAUACUUGACAAGGACUCUAAUUGAGCAAAUUGUGCAUUUUGGAUGCUGCACCUGCUUCAGAUGUUGUGGCUCGGGAGAACACUAAUUUAAGUGUAAUUGGUGAAUUCACAGCUCGAUAGAGAAACAUAAUAAACAAUACGCAAUACAAGAAAGAGUUCAGUCUCUGCGUGGUUCAGUUAAAGAUAACCCGAAAUUUGACUGUUGUGGUUAGAAAAGGUUGAAAUUGGUUUACACUAAAUUUAAAAGGAUGCGGCUCCUUUAAAUUCUGAA